CAAUUCUAACUCAAUCACCGAAGAAACCAACAGGGUUUCUCUCUCUUCCUUCUCUCUUAUCUUUUAAAUUUUUAGGACAAUUUGGAGUUUUGAGAGAGAAACUUGAGUUUUUGUUUUCAACUUUCCGAUGAAGACCCACCGUGGCCACCCCUCUUGGGGUCGUCGUUGGCCACAAUUUGCUAUGGCAUUGGCCAUUCUUCUUCUUUCUGCUAAUGUAGAAUUCGUUGCCGGAAAUGCUUACGUAUAUGCUUCUCCCCCACCGCCACCGUAUGAGUACAAGUCGCCGCCGCCGCCGUCCCCGACUUACUCUUCUCCUCCUCCUCCUUAUUCUGCUCCCGAGUAUAAGUCUCCUCCACCUCCUGUUUAUGAGUACAAAUCUCCACCGCCACCGUCUCCAUCGCCUCCACCACCUUAUUACUACAAAUCUCCACCACCACCAUCACCGUCGCCUCCUCCACCGUACUAUUAUAAGUCUCCUCCUCCACCAUCGCCAUCACCGCCUCCUCCUUACUAUUACAAAUCGCCACCGCCGCCAUCUCCUUCACCACCACCACCAUACUACUACAAAUCCCCACCACCACCAUCACCAUCACCUCCUCCACCAUACUACUACAAAUCGCCACCACCACCAUCCCCGUCACCUCCUCCUCCAUACUACUACAAAUCACCACCACCACCAUCCCCGUCACCUCCUCCUCCAUACUACUACAAAUCUCCCCCACCACCAUCCCCGUCACCUCCUCCUCCAUACUACUACAAAUCUCCCCCACCACCAUCCCCGUCACCUCCUCCUCCAUACUACUACAAAUCUCCCCCACCACCAUCCCCGUCACCUCCUCCUCCAUACUACUAUAAAUCUCCCCCACCACCAUCCCCGUCACCUCCUCCACCAUACUACUACAAAUCUCCACCACCACCAUCCCCGUCACCUCCUCCACCAUACUACUACAAAUCUCCACCACCACCAUCACCAUCCCCUCCUCCACCAUACUACUACAAAUCUCCACCACCACCAUCACCUUCUCCACCUCCACCAUACUACUACAAAUCUCCUCCACCACCAUCACCAUCGCCUCCUCCCCCAUACUACUACAAAUCCCCACCACCACCUUCUCCUUCCCCGCCACCACCAUACUACUACAAAUCACCUCCACCUCCAGUCUACUCUCCUCCUCCACCAUACUAUUACAAAUCUCCUCCACCACCUUCUCCAUCCCCACCACCACCAUAUUACUACAAGUCUCCUCCACCUCCAGUCUACUCUCCUCCUCCACCAUAUUACUACAAAUCUCCACCACCCCCGUCUCCAUCACCUCCUCCACCAUACUACUACAAGUCCCCACCUCCACCAUCACCCUCUCCUCCUCCACCAUACUACUACAAAUCUCCACCACCGCCAACUUACUCACCCCCACCGGUCUAUUACUACAAAUCUCCACCACCACCAACUUACUCACCCCCACCAGUUUAUUACUACAAAUCUCCACCACCGCCAACAUAUUCGCCACCACCCGUUUACUACUCUCCACCUCCAAAGCCUUACACUCCACCCUACUACCCGCCGCACCACCAUCACCUAGUUUUUAAGGUGGUCGGAAAAGUCUACUGCAUCCGAUGCUACGACUGGGCCUACCCUGAAAAAUCACACAGCAAGAAGCACCUUAAAGGAGCUGUUGUUGAAGUGAGUUGCAAGGCAGGAAAGAAAGAGGUAGUUGCAUAUGGAAAGACAAAGAGCAAUGGUAAGUAUAGCAUCGAAGUGAAAGGAUUUGACUAUGCUAAAUAUGGAGGCAAGGCUUGCAAGGCUAAGCUCCACGCACCACCCAAGGGUUCAUUGUGCAACAUCCCAACCAACCUCCACUGGGGCAAAGUUGGCGCCAAGCUAAGGGUCAAGUCUAAGACUAAGUAUGAGGUUGUGUUGUAUGCAAAGCCUUUUGCAUAUGCUCCAAAGAAGCCUUACAAGAAGUGCAUGAAGCCUAAGCCUUACUACCCACCUCCCUACAUCUACAAGUCCCCACCUCCACCUACCCCUGUUUACUACUACAAGUCGCCACCUCCCCCAUCCCCAACUUACUACUACAAGUCCCCACCUCCUCCAUCACCGACUUACUAUUACAAGUCUCCACCUCCGCCAUCCCCAACUUACUACUACAAAUCACCUCCUCCUCCUUCACCGACUUACUACUACAAGUCUCCACCUCCUCCAUCACCUACCUACAAGUCACCUCCCCCACCUUCACCAGUGUACUAUUACAAGUCACCACCACCUCCAGUAUACUCCCCUCCUCCACCAUACUACUACAAGUCACCUCCUCCUCCUCUGUACUCUCCUCCACCACCAUACUACUACAAGUCACCACCUCCUCCAGUAUACUCUCCACCUCCACCAUACUACUACAAAUCACCACCACCUCCAGUGUACUCUCCUCCCCCACCAUACUACUACAAGUCACCACCUCCUCCAGUAUACUCUCCACCUCCACCAUACUACUACAAAUCACCACCACCUCCAGUAUACUCUCCUCCCCCACCAUACUACUACAAGUCACCUCCUCCACCUGUCUACUCUCCUCCUCCACCAUAUUACUACAAGUCACCUCCUCCUCCAGUUUACUCUCCACCACCACCAUACUACUACAAAUCACCACCUCCACCUGUUUACUCUCCUCCUCCACCGUACUACUACAAGUCACCACCUCCACCCGUUUACUCUCCUCCCCCACCGUACUACUACAAGUCACCACCUCCACCCGUCUACUCUCCUCCCCCACCCUACUACUACAAAUCACCACCUCCACCCGUCUACUCUCCUCCCCCACCAUACUACUACAAGUCACCUCCUCCUCCAGUCUACUCUCCUCCCCCACCAUACUACUACAAGUCACCUCCUCCUCCAGUCUACUCUCCUCCCCCACCAUAUUACUACAAAUCACCUCCUCCUCCAGUCUACUCUCCUCCCCCACCCUACUACUACAAGUCACCUCCUCCACCUGUCUACUCUCCUCCGCCACCAUACUAUUACAAAUCACCUCCUCCUCCAGUCUACUCUCCUCCUCCACCAUACUACUACAAAUCACCUCCACCUCCAGUAUACUCUCCUCCCCCACCAUACUACUACAAGUCUCCACCACCACCUUCCCCAUCUCCCCCACCUCCAUACUACUACAAAUCUCCUCCACCACCAUCACCAUCACCUCCUCCUCCAUACUACUACAAAUCUCCCCCACCACCUUCACCGUCACCUCCUCCACCAUACUACUACAAGUCCCCACCACCGCCAUCCCCAUCACCUCCUCCACCAUACUACUACAAGUCCCCACCACCGCCAUCCCCAUCACCUCCUCCACCAUACUACUACAAGUCCCCACCACCGCCAUCCCCAUCACCUCCUCCGCCAUAUUAUUACAAGUCCCCACCACCGCCAUCCCCAUCACCUCCUCCGCCAUAUUAUUACAAGUCUCCUCCCCCUCCUUCACCUUCUCCUCCUCCCCCAUACUACUACAAAUCUCCCCCACCACCAGAGAAAGUAACUCCUCCAGUUUACAUUUACGCAUCUCCACCACCUCCUCCCCACUAUUAAGCGCUAAAAAUCCUCAACACCAAUCU